AAGAGUGGGAAGACCAGUUAGGGUAGACUAUGCAUUAUUUUAGGUAAGAGACAAUGAAGACAUGCAACAGGCAGAUGGCAGAGGGAAUGCAGAGAAGACACCGGGGAGGCACAACACAGAGAGAACUGACGGGGUGCCUCACGCAGGAGAGAGAGACGCGGGUAACCGGCUCCAUUUACACUAAUGGGAUCCCAGGAUUCUGUAGCUGCAAUGCUGUCAAGACUUUUCCGAAUGCAUGGCCUCUUUGUGGCCUCCCAUCCUUGGGAAGUCAUAGUGGGGACAGUGACACUGACCAUCUGUAUGAUGUCCAUGAACAUGUUUACUGGCAAUAAUAAGAUUUGUGGUUGGAAUUAUGAGUGUCCGAAGUUUGAAGAGGAUGUUUUGAGCAGUGACAUUAUAAUUCUGACCAUAACACGAUGCAUAGCAAUCCUGUAUAUUUACUUCCAGUUUCAGAAUUUACGUCAACUUGGAUCAAAAUACAUUUUAGGCAUUGCUGGCCUCUUCACAAUUUUCUCAAGUUUCGUAUUCAGUACAGUUGUCAUUCACUUCUUAGAUAAAGAAUUGACAGGCUUGAAUGAAGCUUUGCCUUUUUUCCUACUUUUGAUUGACCUUUCCAGAGCAAGUGCAUUAGCCAAGUUUGCCCUCAGUUCCAACUCUCAGGAUGAAGUAAGAGAAAAUAUUGCUCGUGGAAUGGCAAUUUUAGGUCCUACAUUUACCCUUGAUGCUCUUGUGGAAUGUCUUGUGAUUGGAGUUGGUACCAUGUCAGGAGUGCGCCAACUUGAAAUCAUGUGCUGCUUUGGCUGCAUGUCAGUUCUGGCCAACUACUUUGUGUUCAUGACUUUCUUCCCAGCUUGUGUGUCCCUGGUAUUAGAGCUUUCUCGGGAAAGCCGUGAGGGUCGACCAAUUUGGCAGCUCAGCCAUUUUGCCCGAGUUUUAGAAGAAGAAGAAAAUAAACCAAAUCCUGUAACUCAAAGGGUCAAGAUGAUUAUGUCUCUAGGCUUGGUUCUCGUUCAUGCUCAUAGUCGCUGGAUAGCUGAUCCUUCUCCUCAUAACAGUACAGCAGAAAAUUCUAAGAUGUCACUAGGACUAGAUGAAAAUGUGUCCAAGAGAAUUGAACCAAGUGUUUCACUCUGGCAGUUUUAUCUCUCUAAGAUGAUCAGCAUGGAUAUUGAACAAGUUAUUACGCUAAGUUUAGCUCUCCUUCUGGCUGUGAAGUACAUCUUCUUUGAACAAGCAGAGACAGAAUCUACACUCUCAUUAAAAAACCCUAUCACAUCUCCUGUAGUGACCCAAAAGAAAGUCCCAGACAAUUGUUGUAGGCGUGAACCUGGGCUAGUCAGAAGUAACCAGAAAUUCCAGUCAGUGGAAGAAGAGACAGGGAUAAACCAAGAAAGAAAAGUUGAGGUUAUAAAACCCUUAGUGGCUGAAACGGAUACCUCAAACAGAGCUACAUUUGUGGUUGGUAAUUCAUUCGAUACUUCCUCGGAUCUGGCAACACGGGAAUCUGAAGUUGAGCUUCCCAGGGAGCCUCGGCCUAAUGAAGAAUGUCUACAGAUACUUGCAAAUGCAGAGAAAGGUGCAAAAUUCCUUAGUGAUGCUGAGAUCAUCCAAUUAGUCGAUGCCAAGCAUAUCCCACCGUACAAAUUGGAAACUCUGAUGGAAACCCAUGAACGAGGUGUAUCUAUUCGUCGGCAGUUACUUUCCAAAAAGCUUCCAGAGCCUUCUUCUCUCCAGUACCUACCUUAUAGGGAUUAUAAUUACUCCUUGGUGAUGGGAGCUUGUUGUGAGAAUGUUAUUGGAUACAUGCCCAUCCCUGUGGGAGUGGCCGGACCUCUGUGCUUGGAUGGGAAAGAAUUUCAGGUUCCAAUGGCAACAACAGAAGGCUGUCUUGUGGCCAGCACUAACAGAGGUUGCAGAGCAAUAGGUCUUGGUGGAGGUGCCACCAGUCGAAUCCUUGCUGAUGGGAUGACUCGUGGCCCAGUGGUACGUCUUCCCCGUGCUUGUGACUCUGCAGAAGUGAAGGCUUGGCUCGAAACACCUGAAGGGUUCACAGUGAUAAAGGAGGCAUUUGACAGCACCAGCAGAUUUGCACGUCUGCAGAAACUUCAUAUGAGUAUGGCUGGACGCAACCUUUAUAUCCGUUUCCAGUCUAAGUCAGGGGAUGCCAUGGGGAUGAACAUGAUUUCAAAGGGUACAGAGAAAGCACUUUCAAAACUUCAUGAGUAUUUCCCUGAAAUGCAGAUUCUUGCAGUUAGUGGGAAUUAUUGUACUGAUAAGAAACCUGCUGCUAUAAACUGGAUAGAGGGAAGAGGGAAGUCUGUUGUUUGUGAAGCUGUUAUUCCAGCCAAGGUCGUCAGAGAAGUAUUAAAGACUACAACAGAAGCUCUGAUCGAAGUGAACAUUAGCAAGAAUCUUGUGGGCUCUGCCAUGGCGGGCAGCAUAGGCGGGUACAAUGCCCACGCAGCAAACAUUGUCACUGCCAUCUACAUUGCCUGUGGACAGGAUGCAGCACAGAAUGUUGGUAGUUCAAACUGUAUUACUUUAAUGGAAGCAAGUGGUCCCACAAAUGAAGAUUUGUAUAUCAGUUGCACCAUGCCAUCUAUAGAAAUAGGAACUGUGGGUGGUGGGACCAACCUGCUCCCUCAACAAGCAUGCUUGCAGAUGCUUGGUGUUCAAGGAGCAUGCAAAGACAAUCCUGGGGAAAAUGCCCGGCAGCUUGCCCGGAUUGUGUGUGGUACAGUAAUGGCUGGGGAACUGUCAUUGAUGGCAGCAUUGGCAGCAGGACAUCUGGUCAGAAGUCACAUGAUUCACAACAGGUCAAAGAUAAAUUUACAAGACCUACAAGGAACUUGCACCAAGAAGGCAGCUUGAGUAGCCUGCCAGUUGUGAGCAGAAACACGGGCAUUGGGUUCUAAAGGACUAACAUAAAAAUCUGUGAAUUAAAAAGCUCAAUGCAGAGUCUUGUUGAGGAUGGUGAAUAGACGGGAUCAGUGAGACGACUGCUUGGCUUUGGACUCUCAGAGAGGUCUGAGGUCCUGUCCAUGCAGAUCCUCAGACUGGAAAACACUUUAGUGCUUUAUAUGCUGUGCUCUUUGGAAAGCUCUCAACAUGAAUAUUACAUUCUGAAGUAUCACAGAUGGUAAUCCACAGCUCACUCUGAAAGCAAAUACAAGCUGGAGCAAAAGUGGGUUUUUGUUGUUGUUUUUGAUGAUCAUGUGAUCAGUGUAUCAGUGUGACUGCCUUGCCUCUCACCCUCUGUGGGUUGUAAAUGUAUUUUUAAAUUAUACUGUAGCUGACAAAACUCCUGAUUUUAUAGUUAAUUUAUUAAGUCUGGGAUGUAGACCUUUAAGAAAUAAGAGCUAAUUUUAUUUUUUGUAAACUAAUACUUCAUUUUGGUGCUGGUCUAUUUCAAUUUUUAGAGGGGGGCGGUUAAUCAACAUUAUUCUUCAGAAGGGGACCUGCUUUCUUUAAAGGAAGGAUUACUCUUAUCCCAUAGUACAGAAUAAUGUGUAAAGCAGUGCUACAUAGUUCUCUAUCAAGAAAACAAAUCACUGCAUUUAUCUCUGCAGCCUAUUUGGAGAAAGAGGCCUCUUGUCCAAAUGUAAAGUUAGUCUAGAUUGGUUGUGAUGUGUCUUUCAGCAUCAGGCUUUAAGAAAGAAUUUUGUGUUCUUUUCUAGAGAUUUCCAAACUCUUCAUAUUGCUUAGAGCAGGGUGACUGCCAAGUAUAACCUAGUCUGAUCUCUUGGAGAACUGUGCAGAAAUAAUUUUAAAAGGAAAGUAUCACUUCUUUAAGCCAACCUUAAUUUUGUAAAAGACAAUUUAUUUAGCUGAAAAUUUCAGAUUUUUUUUGUAAACAACUGUAUGAAAUCUGUAUAUGUUGUAAUAAAGCUUCUUAAGCUAGGAAUUUAUUGACAUGUUCAAGAAAUAAAGACAAAAAUCAACUUAUCUACUGAUAAAACACUCUAACUUGGGCCAGAGAAGAUGUUCUUUGAUGCUGUCCAGGAAGCCCUGGUUUUGCUUACUGAGCCUAAUGAGAGGAGAGUAGGCUUGCAGAGCCCAUGAAGGAGCCAUGGGAACAGCCCUGGAGCUGGGGGCCUUGUUCCUGUGGCCAGGAGGUGAUCGAAAUUCACACAGGGCCUCUUUGGUGGAACCACUAAAGUUCUUAGCUUCCUCAGGGGGUCAGUCGAGUUGUAGAAUCUUAAUUUUUUUUUUAAUGUACAAGUUUUGUAUAAAUAAUAAAGAAUUCCUUAUUUUGUAUUACGUCUAAUGCUGUAAAUGUUGGUCUUGGAAAGCUGAUUGCCCCGUGUAGAAGGUGUACUCUGACGAACACUGCAGUAACUCCACAGCAGCAUGGAGAGUCUUGGCGAUUGUGUCUGCGCUGUCGCUAUCAUUGUGGAAGAUUUACCUUUUCUGUUGUAUGUAGAGUUUAAAUUGCUUCUGUUGUGACAUUUCAGCCAGUGACUUUUUAUUUAUCAGAGCUUUCCAUGGAAGUGGCAGUGAAAAGCAUAUCCAGUGUUCAUUUUGGUGAUUGUAACCAAUAUCAGUGUUUUGUACAAUUACUACUAAAUUGUAUACAUUUUGUUACACAGUACUUUUUCCCACUUUCAGUAAAUAUGAAAAGGAAGUUAAUGUUGAUAAGUGUAAACAGUAACCUCUUUUAUUUGGAAUUAGCCCUGGACCUGAAUCCUGGAAGUUUGUAAAGUCUGGCCAUAGUGGUGGUAACCUGUGGUUAAUGUGAGGAGUCACAUGACCUCUUGUCAUUCUCCACUGUAUUCUCCAACUCUACAGUGACACCAGGCUGGUAUUGUAUGUGCAUUAAAAUAAUCUGUCUUGAGCCAGUA